ACCUGCAGCGUCACUAUGUAGCUGCAUCGCAGGCGAGGAAAGAUACUGUGUUGUCUUGAAUGCGAAAGAUGCCUGACCCUGCCAAGCUGCCGGUGCCAAAGAAAGGCUCGAAGAAAGCCGUGACUAAAAUUGGGAAGAAAGGAGGUAAAGGCCGAAAGGGACGCAGGAAGGAGAGUUAUGCUAUCUACAUCUACAAAGUCCUGAAGCAGGUGCACCCGGACACCGGGAUUUCCUCCAAGGCCAUGAGCAUCAUGAACUCCUUCGUCAACGACAUCUUCGAGCGCCUGGCCGCCGAGGCGUCCCGCCUGGCUCAUUACAACAAAAGGUCCACCAUCACGUCCCGGGAGGUGCAGACCGCCGUGCGCCUGCUGCUGCCCGGAGAGCUGGCUAAGCACGCCGUGUCCGAGGGCACCAAGGCCGUCACCAAGUACACCAGCUCCAAAUAGAGACCUUUCUCCAACCGCGUCUGGACUGGCGUAGGAUAUUUGGUGCCGCUGAAGGUGGCCGCACUUUGAAUUGACUGUCAUCGGCUGAUAGUGAAGUUCCCGGCCAGACUGAUGACUGGGUUUAGACCGGGUGGAUUUGAUAGACUGUCCCUGAAAUGCAACUCAAAGACGGUGUGUAUUCUGAGCGGAAAUCUGUGGGUAUCGUUUCUUAGUCUCAACUCGGAAAGCGCUCUCUCUCUCUCUCCUGUGCGGAGCUCUCCACGUCAAUUUAAUAGUAGCUGAGCAAUUCGUUUAAAUCGAGCGCAGUUAUGUUCUUUUGCUACUCCCGCCUCUCCGCGGUCUAGCUAUUGGACUUUUUGCCAGAAGGCGAGUCUGUUUUUUUUUUUUUCGUGCCUGGGAUACCCCUUCUUUCGGAAAUCGGCGGUCAGUAUGUGGUUCCCUGCUCCGUCCGGCCUGGACUGGGACUUUGCUGGUUAACUGGGGGAGAUUUAAAAGGACACAGCCGUAACGGCUCAUCGAUUCACAUGCUUGUCUUGGGUCUCAGCUUCCCGAAUUAAGUUCAAGGAAAAAGGGCUUUCUUUUUUUUUAAAGAAAAAUAAAGCACUGCAUCUCCAUGUA